AUGACAACCAGCCCCAACCAAAUCCACAACCCCGGCACCGCCGAUGGCUGGCAUGGCGUCAUCCCGAGUGAUGAGUUCCCUGCCGCAAAGGGUCGCUACCACCUCUAUAUUGGACUAUUUUGUCCCUUCGCACACCGUGCAAACUUUGUCCGUCACCUCAAAGGCUUGAACGACUUCAUCGACAUCAGUGUCGUCAAGCCAUAUCCGAAAGGCGACUCGAAAGGCUGGCCAGGAUGGCGCUUCCCGGCCUCCGAUGACGAGUAUCCUGGUGCGACAGUGGAUCACAUUUUCGGAGAGGACUAUAUGCACAAAGUAUAUUUCCGGGCCGAUCCGGGUUACAAAGGCCGAUAUUCGGUGCCAUUACUCUGGGACAAGAAAACCGAAACCAUAGUCUGUAAUGAAAGUGACGAGCUUCUCCGAUGGCUUCCCACUGCUUUCAAUGAGUUGCUCCCUCAGUCGCUUGCUGCAAUCGACCUUUAUCCACCCCAUUUACGCGCAAAGAUCGAUACAAUCACACCUUGGAUGCAGUCUGAGGUUAAUAGGGGUGUCUAUAAGGCAGGAUUUGCGCCCUCGCAGGAGGAAUAUGAUAAGAGUGUGGUUCCCCUCUUUGGUGCGUUGAACAAGCUCGAACGCAUCAUUGCACAAAACGAGGGCCCUUUCGUGCUUGGGAAAGAUCUUACUGAGCUGGAUAUCCGGUUGUAUGCAACACUAAUCCGCUUUGAUACGGUAUAUGUGCAGCAUUUCAAGUGCAAUUUGGGUACUAUUCGACAUGAUUACCCGAUUUUGAACAAUUGGUUGAAGGGCAUGUACUGGAACAUCGAGGCAGCGAGAGACUCGACCAAUUUCAAACAUAUAAAAGAAAACUACACAAAGAGCCAUGAUGAUAUCAAUCCCAAGGCGAUUACUCCCAUGGGUCCUUUUCCAGAUAUUGAGGAAGGGGUUGAGAGGGACUGGGGCAACCUGACAAUCGGCUGUGUGAAGCACCCAGCAGUACUAGCAUAUGAAGCGACGAUACCUGAUUUAGAGUGA